AUGGGGCAGCUUAACGUUGACGAAGAAUGUGAUACAAGUACAGAAUUAGUUUUUUAUGUGAAUGGGAAGAAGGUAAUAGAACCUCAUCCGGAUCCGCAAUGGACACUACUAUGGUACCUUCGCAAAAAGCUGCACCUAACUGGAACAAAGCUGGGCUGCGCAGAGGGAGGAUGCGGGGCAUGCACGGUUAUGAUCUCAAGAUACAAUCGCAAAGAAAAGAAAGUCGCUCAUUUAGCAGUUAACGCAUGCUUAGCACCAGUGUGCGCUAUGCAUGGUUUGGCUGUAACUACGGUUGAAGGAAUUGGUUCAACGAAAACAAGGUUGCAUGCCGUUCAAGAAAGACUUGCUAAAGCGCACGGAUCUCAAUGUGGGUUUUGCACACCGGGUAUUGUCAUGUCCAUGUAUGCUUUACUUAGAAGUUGUGAAAAAGUAAAAUACUCCGACAUGGAAGUGGCGUUACAAGGAAAUCUUUGUCGAUGCACCGGUUACCGCGCUAUCAUAGAAGGAUAUAAAACCUUCAUUGAGGAUUGGGAAACGCAACGGGUGUAUAACGGGACUUCAAACGCGAAUGGGGCAUGUGCAAUGGGCAAGGAUUGCUGUAAGAAUAAGACUGAUACACCUGAAGAUAAGAGUGAGUCAAAGUUUAUCUUUGAUAAAACGGCAUUCACGCCGUAUGACCCUAGUCAGGAACCCAUUUUUCCUCCAGAAUUAAAAUUAUGUUCAGUAUACGAUGAACAAAAUUUAAUUUUUAGAGGCAAAAAUACAACGUGGUACAGACCGACGGACUUGGAAGCGUUAUUAAACCUGAAAGAACAAUAUCCUGACGCAAAAAUCGUAGUCGGAAAUACUGAGGUGGGCGUUGAAGUUAAAUUCAAACAUUUCGUUUACCCUGUGAUAAUAAUGCCAAAUUGUAUAACAGAAAUGAAUACUAUAGUAGAAAAUAAAACAGGAUUAGUCGUAGGAUCGGCGGUGACUCUUAUGGAGUUAGAAAAUACGUGUAUAAAAUGCAUUAAUACGUUGCCUCAAUAUAAAACAAGGUCUUUGGUAACUAUUAAAGACAUGUUAUAUUGGUUUGCCGGCAAGCAAAUACGAAAUGUAGCUGCUAUUGGUGGGAACAUUAUGACUGGAAGUCCAAUAUCAGAUUUGAAUCCAAUAUUAAUGUCAAUGAAAGUGAAACUAAAUCUUCUUAGUAAACAAGGAGGACAUCGCUCAGUUCUAAUGGAUGAAACAUUUUUUACUGGGUAUCGUAAAAAUGUUGUACACCCAAAUGAAAUAUUGCUAUCUAUCGAAAUUCCUUUUACUACUAGAUAUCAAUACGUAAAGGCCUAUAAACAAGCUAAGCGCAGAGAGGAUGAUAUUUCCAUUGUUACAGCAGCUAUAAAUGUGGAGUUCGAAGAAAAUACUGACAUUAUAAAGAACAUGAAUAUCGCAUACGGCGGCAUGGCUCCAGUCACAAAAAUAGCAACAAAAUCUAGUCAAUGUUUAUUAGGAUUAAAAUGGGAUGACGUAAUGCUUGAAAAAGCUUACACAUAUCUUCUAGAAGAGUUGCCCUUAAAUCCAUCAGCACCUGGUGGUAACAUUUUAUUUCGACGGGCGUUGACAAUGAGUUUAUUUUUAAAAGCCUAUUUAGCAAUAGGUAAAGAAAUGUCACAAGAUUAUUUACAUAAGGAUAUCAUUAUACCAUACCAUAGUAGCGGUGCUGAACAAUUUCACGGUAAAGUACCAAAGAGUGCUCAAUAUUUCGAAUUAGUCAAUGACAAACAACUCCAAAGCGAUGCAGUUGGAAGACCAAUACCGCAUAUGUCGGCAUUGAAACAGGUAACAGGUGAAGCUAUUUAUUGUGACGACAUGCCUUCCGUAGAAGGAGAGUUAUAUUUAGCUUUUGUUCUCAGCACAAAAGCACACGCUAAAUUAGUUUCAGUAGAUCCCCAAAAAGCGUUACAAGAACCAGGUGUUGUUGCAUUUUUCUCAGCUAAAGACUUAACGCCAGAGCAAAAUGCAAUAGGCCCCAUAUUCCACGAUGAAGAAUUAUUUGCUAGCGAUAAAGUAAUAAGUCAAGGGCAGACAAUUGGCGUAAUAGUGGCUAAAGAUCAAGCAACUGCUCAAGCUGCUGCUAGAAAAGUGCGGAUUGAAUACGAAGAAUUACAACCUGUUAUUGUUACUAUAGAAGAUGCUAUUAAACAUAAUUCAUUUUACAAACAAUUCCCAAAAACUAUACGAAGAGGUGAUGUGAAAUCGGCUUUUGAAGAUCCAAAUCACAUAAUUGUAGAGGGACAGUGUAGAAUAGGAGGGCAAGAACAUUUUUACUUGGAGACACAUGCCGCAUUCGCUAUACCUAAAAAAGAAGACGAUGAAAUGGAGAUAUUUUGUUCUAGCCAACAUCCAUCGGAAGUUGCGAAAUUAACAAGUCAUGUUUUACAUGUCCCCAUGAACAGAAUUGUGGCACGAGUAAAGCGUAUGGGUGGUGGGUUCGGUGGUAAGGAGUCUAGAGGCAUUUUGGUAUCUCUGCCUGUGGCAUUUGCAGCUCAUAAGCUUAAUAGACCAGUACGCUGCAUGUUAGAUCGAGAUGAAGAUAUGCAAAUGACAGGGACAAGGCAUCCAUUCUUAAUUAAAUAUAAAGUAGCAGCCACCAAAGAAGGCAAACUAAUAGGUGCUGUUGUUAAUAUUUACAAUAACGCUGGAUAUUCGAUUGACUUAUCCGGACCUGUAGUAGAACGGGCGAUGUUCCACUUCGAAAACGCCUACUAUAUUCCAAAUGUAGAAGUUACUGGUUAUGUUUGUAAAACUAACCUCCCUUCGAACACAGCGUUCAGAGGCUUUGGUGGACCACAAGGAAUGUUUGGUGCUGAAACAAUGAUAAGAGACAUAGCCCAAAAGUUGGAUAAGAGUCCCGAAGAAAUUAGUAAACUUAAUUUAUAUCAGGAGAACUUUACAACUCAUUAUGGACAAGUUCUUACACAUUGUACGCUGCAAAGAUGUUGGGACGAAUGCGUGGAAAAGAGCAAUUAUGCAGAAAGAAAACAAUCCAUCGAAAACUUUAACAGACAGCACCGCUGGCGAAAACGCGGUAUAUCCAUAAUACCAACUAAGUUCGGCAUUGCGUUCACUGAGAAACUAUUGAAUCAAGCCGGUGCUCUACUCAUUGUAUAUGUUGACGGAUCAGUCCUUCUGUCGCAUGGUGGUACAGAAAUGGGCCAGGGCUUGCACACGAAGAUGAUCCAAGUGGCAUCAAGGGUCCUAGGGAUAGACGUGUCCAAAAUCCACAUUACCGAAACAUCUACAGACAAAGUUCCAAAUACAUCUGCUACAGCGGCUAGUGCUGGAUCAGAUCUGAAUGGAAUGGCGGUAUUAGAAGCCUGUCAGAAGCUGUUGAAACGGCUCCAACCUUACAAAGACAAAAAUCCAAACGGUAAAUGGGAAGACUGGAUUUCAGCAGCUUACGUGGACAGAGUCAGUUUAUCAGCUACAGGGUUUUACGCAACACCCAACAUUGGUUACGAUUUUAAAACUAAUACGGGUACACCUUUCAACUAUUUUACUUAUGGCGUAGCCUGUACAGAAGUCGAGAUUGACUGUCUUAGCGGUGACCAUCAAAUCAUUAGAACAGAUAUUGUCAUGGAUUUAGGCGAAAGUUUAAAUCCUGCCAUCGACAUUGGACAAAUUGAAGGUGCCUUUAUACAAGGGUACGGUUUAUUUACAAUGGAAGAACUGAUUUACUCACCAACGGGGACAUUGUACUCUCGUGGACCAGGCGCAUAUAAAAUUCCAGGCUUCGGUGAUAUUCCGCAAGAGUUUAACGUUUCGUUGCUCAAAGGUGCUCCAAAUCCAAGGGCAGUAUUUUCAUCCAAGGCUGUGGGUGAACCUCCCCUGUUCUUGGCAAGUUCCGCUUUCUUCGCGAUAAAAGAAGCUAUAAAAGCGGCUCGCGCUGAUGCCGGCGUGCCUUUGGACUUUAGACUAGAUGCACCAGCUACUUCUGCUCGGAUACGAAUGGCGUGUGAAGACCAUAUCACAAAGAAGCUGCCUGCAUUGGAUCCAGAGAGCUACGUCCCUUGGAAUGUUGUGCCAUAG